GCCGUAGGGGGAAGGGGGGCUGAGCGGGGAAGCGGCACAGUCUAACUUAAGCCUUCGCUGGGGUAGGGAGGAAUACAUUUCUCCACAAAUGGCGGCGGUCCUAAAGAAAGACAGUCAAGAAUAACUGAAGAAACCCGUCUGCGAGUUGGGAGGGGCAAUUAUGAAUGAAGAGCACUUUGUAAACAUUGACUUAAAUGAUGACAACAUUUGCAGUAUUUGUAAACUGGGAACAGAUAAAGAAACGCUUUCCUUCUGCCACCUUUGCUUUGAGCUCAAUAUUGAAGGAGUACCAAAAUCUAAUCUCUUGCAUACCAGAUCAUUAAGGGGCCACAAAGAGUGCUUUGAAAAAUUCCAUCUGAUAGCAAACCAGGAUUGUCCUCGAUCUAAACUCUCCAAAAGUACUUAUGAAGAAGUCAAAACUAUAUUUAGUAAAAAGAUAAAUUGGAUUAUACGGCAUGCCCAAAAUAAGGAUGUAGAGUCUGAUCCUGAAUGUUCAAAAACUUCCCAGCACCCACUUUUAGAUUUUAGACAUAAAUCAGAUAGAAAGUUAUUACCACAGUUUGAUUCCCAAGUACCAAAGUAUUCUGCAAAAUGGAUAGAUGGAGCAACAGUGAACAUCUCAAACCAUGCACAAAGAAUUUUGGAGCAGAGCGAAUCUGCAAGCUUCGGGCUUGACAUGUUGCAAGAUCCAAGUGCCCCUUUCUGCUGUAAUAGUGUUUUGUGGUCUCAUCACCAGCAAACUCAGAAAAAAGAAAAGAAAGCUUCUGUUUCAGACAUUAGUGACCAGAGACAACACACUCAUUAUACCAGAGAACAAUUGAGUUCAAUGAGUCUUGGUGAGGUAGAGCAGCUGAAUGAAAAACUUCACCAACAAAUCCAAGAAAUUUUUGAGCAGCUGGCACACCAAGUACAAGAAAAGGAUUCUUUGGCUUCAGAACUCCAUGUCCGACAUAUUGCCAUCGAACAACUACUUAAAAAUCAUUCCAAGUUGCCAUGUCUUCAAGCGGGGAGGCAAGGAAUGAAGUGCAACCUUCCCAUAAGUAACUGAACAAGACUUAUACUUAAUUAAUUCUAUUGAUUCAUUGGUCAGUUGUGCAGACAAACUUCUAAUAACUAUGUUGGAAAGUUGUGGCAUCUUUUUAAAAACAUUUGGAAUCUUUUCAAUGGCAUUUAAUCCAUUUUAAGUACAGUUUUUAAAAUAUUUUAUUUUUUUCUCCCCUUUUACAUGUAAAACCAAUUUUUAACAUUUGUUGGUGUUUUUUUUAAGUUUAAAGUUCCAAAUUCUAUCCCUCCCUCCCUGCCCCACCUGGGACAGUAAGCAAUCUGAUACAGGUUAUAUAUGUGCAAUCAUGUAAGACAUUUCCAUAGUAAUCAUUUUGUGCAAGAAGACUUAAACAACAAAAAAAGAAAGUGAAAAAUAGUAUGCUUUAGUCUGUAUUCAGAUAACAUCAGUUCUUUCUCUGGAGGCGGAUAGCAUUUUUCAUCAUGAAUCUUUUGGGAUUGCUUUGGAUCAUUGUAUGGCUAAGAAAUAGCUAAGUCAUUCAUAUGUGGUUCUCCAUUGUACAGUAUUGCUGUUAACAGUGUACAAUGUUCUGGUUCUGCGUACUUCCCUUUGUAUCAGUUCAUGUAAGCAUUGCAGAUUUUUCUGAAAUUGUUUUGCUUGUCAUUUCUUAGAGCACAAUAAUAUUCCAUUACAAUUAUACACCAUCCAUAGAUCUGACAAGUAAACUAUUCCACACUCUUCUAAUUUGCUGUUCACAUUUAACGUGUAAAUCAUUUGCCCAUUUUGACCUUAUCUUGGUAUGUGGUUUGAAAUGUUGAUCUGUACUUAGUUUGUGGCAUGCUGUUUUCCAGUUUUCCCAGCAGUUUUAAUUGAAUAACGAUUAUUUGUCCCAAAAGCUUAGAUCUUUGGGUUUAGUAAACACUAGAUUACUGUGGUCAUUUACUACAGUGUACGGUGUACCUAAUCUAUUCUACCAAUCCACCACUCUGUUUCUUAGCCAGUACCAGAUUGUUUUGAUAAUUACAGCUUUAUAGUACAGUUUGAGAUCUGGUACAGCUAGACCACCUUACUUCACAUUUUUUUUUUCAUUAAUUCCUUUGAUAUUCUUGACUUUAUGUUCUUCCAGAUGAAUUUCAUUAUGAUUUUUUUCUAGCUGUAUAAAAUAAUUUUUUGGUAGUUUGAUUGGUAUGGCACCGAAUGAGUAAAUUAAUUUAGUUAAAAUUGUCAUCUUAAUUAUAUUGGCUCAACCUGCCCAUGAGCAAUUAAUAUUUUUCUAGUUGUUUAGAUUUGACUGUAUUUGUGUGAAAAGUGUUUUGUAAUUGUGUUCAUAUAGUUCCUGGCUUUGUCUUGGUAGGUAGACUCUGAAGGAUUUUAUAUUGCCAGAGUUAUUUUAAACGGAAUUUCUCUUUAUAUUUCUUGCUGCUGAGCAUUGUUGGUAACAUAGAAAUGCUGAUGAUUUAUAUGGAUUUAUUUUGUAUCCUUCAACUUUGCUAAAGCUGUUAAUAAUUUCAAGUAGUUUUUUAGUUGGUUGUCUAGUAUUCUCUAAGUAUAACAUUAUAUCAUCUGUAAAGAGUGAUAGUUUUGUUUCCCCAUUGCCUGUUCUAACCUCCUUCAUUUUUUUUUCAUCUCUUAUUGUUACAACUAGCAUUUCUAGUAUAAUAUUGAAUGUAGCAGUGAAAAAUGGGCUUCCUUGCUUCACCCGUGUUUUUAUUGGGAAGGCUUCUCGCUUAUGCCUGUUAUACAUAAUGUUUGCUGGUGGUUUUAGAUAGAUAAUACUUAUUUCAAUGUAAGUUCCAUUUAUUCCUAUGCUCUCUAGUGUUAUUAAUAGAAAUGGGUGUUGUAUUUUGUCAAAGGCUUUUUUCAUUCAAUCUAUUUUAAAUGUCAGAUCUUGAUGAUUUUAGGUUGGUGGAGGAUGAUUUUGGUUGAUUUUUAAGUUUUUUUUUUUUUUUUUUUUUUACCAUUUUCCUAUGAUUUGCCCUCUUCCAUCUUACACACACCCUCUGAUGCUUUGCUUACUGUGUGUACCAUUACAAUGUGAGUUUAUUAUAAUCAUUAUUGUUUGUGUGAAUAUCUGCCAUACCAGUAGAAAAAUGUUGAUUAAAGCCUUAGGUCAGACUAAGCUACUAAAUUGAAUUGUAAGAGGGGAAAAAUUCAGGAAAUUCACCUCUUAUUUAUUAUGAGCAAUAUUUUAAUAUGGAAAUUUUAUAUAAAAAUGCUAUUUUAGGUACCUUUCCAAUUAUCUUUAUAAAUAUGCAUUUGAAAUAGCUUUAUAUAAAUGUUUACACUUGUAUAUAAUUAUGUUCCUGUGAUUUCACUGGUAUAGGGAGCUCCUGGUGAGGAAUUUCUUCUGCCAGUGAGGACUGCUCUGCACUUUGUAGUCUUAGAAAUCACAGGUCCAAUCCAAAUCCCUAUUCAUUUAGAGCUUCUGUCAGCCACAUGUUCUAGUUCUGUAAAACAUGGAAGGGAAUAUAAGUGUGCCCAGAUCUUUUUAAAAAAAUUCCACUUUGUUCCAUUUAGGUUGAGCUCUUAAAAGGAAAAGGGCCAUGCAAAUAUGUGGCAGUGGUAUAAAGUAGUGAGUGAAUGACACUUCCAUUUCAAGUUUUUAAAAUUUUGCACAAAAACUUGUCCAAAUAUGUAAUAGGUUUAGGGUAGCACAAUAUAACAUAAUGGAUAGGAUGCAAAACUUGGAGUCCAGAAGACCCAAGUUCAAAUCCUACCUGGACCUUUACUAUGUAUGUGACUAUAGGCAAGUCAUUUAUAGAAGGACUGGAAUUUAAGAAUGCCUUGAAGGAUCAAACUGUAUCAAUUGACACAGUGCAUUUUUAUUAUCCCUAAGGCAAAGAAAACAGAUAGUAGAAUGAAAUUUUUAUUUCAAAGUAGAAUUAGAAUAUCUUCUUAUAAUUAUUUGUAUUUAAAGUGAAUUUGCAGAGAUAAGAGAAAUUAUGGUAAAUUACAGUAAAAUUUUUAAAUUUCCAUCACCUGAUCCACCUUGUCCUUCUGGUGUUUACCUCUCCGAACCUCCAGCUCUAAAUCAUAUGCACUAUUACGAUUUGAUGGAGGGAGUCCUACACCCAGGAAAUCACAGGUCAUUGUGCUUGCAGUUUGUCAAAUAUGACUAUUUUUUGUUCAUUUGGAUGUACAUAUGCAAUUCUUGUAAAUGUAAAUAAGCGAUUGUAUUUGGAUUUAGUUAUAAUUUGAGGGAACCAUUGAUUGGCCAUCAAAGUAUUACAUUAAUAACUUUUUUUGGUGAAAUUCAAAAGAAAAAUCUGAAUUUCAGUUCUUACCAUUACUCACCUUCACAUAUAGCCACAUAUUCUACUCAUACCAGACUGUCGUGCUCUUAACAUAUAUGUAUAAUCUCCUAGUUGUGUGCAUUCACCAUGGCUGUCAUCUCUCAUUCCUGUAAUGUACCCCUUACUCAUCCCAUAUGCCUUAUUUUUCUUCAAGGCUAAAGCAAGGUGCUUUGUUUUGCACUUCCUGGCGCUCCUAGCUGAUAAGUUCCUCUUUCUCUCUUCUCCGCUAGUCCUCGAGCACUCUUUGUGUACCCAAUCACUCUCUAACUUGUACUUGUUUGUAUAGCCCUCUCGGUAGAAUAGCUGUUUUUGAGGUACUGUUCAAUUUCACACAGGCACUUAAUAAAUAUUGAAUUGAAUUAAGAGUUUAGGGAAAUGUAGUUAUGGAAAAUACUCGUUUGUUAUCUUGCAGUCUAAAUAGAAAAAACUUUUUUGAGUUAAAAUGAGAAGCAGCAUAGCAUAGUAAAUAGAGAGCAGACCUCAAAGCCAGGAAGACCUCGUUUUAAGUCUCACCUCCCACAUAGUGACUGUGUAACUCUGGACAAGUCACUUAACCUCUCGUUGCUCUAAGCAACUCUGAGUGACAGAAAAUGUCCUAGCCUUCAUUGAUAGAGAGAGUUUUCUCACUUUGGAUUUCCCUAUAACAGUGAAAUCACAGGUCAGGCCUCAAUCCCUAUGAUUAAAAUUGAUAAUUCUCCUGACAAGCUUUAUAUAGAGAAUAAAAUCCCAUGUUUGCAGUUUAAUUAUGUCUACCAUUUGAUUGUUAUAAAAUGUACAUACUACUCAGUUUCCCAGUGCCGUUAAUGGGUGAUUCAGGGCAUCAAAACAGUACUAUUUUCUUUAUCCAGGAAGUCACAUACAGUAUUAGAAUACAAAAAGGGGACCUUACUGCUUUUUUAAACUGCACAUUGACUUUACAGAAUGCAGUUUAAAACACACACACACACACACACACAUAUUUGUAUACACACGUUUAUACCAUAUAAAUUGAAUUGUGAAAUGACUUAGCUAGAAAGUAUAUUCUGGUGCUGAAACAUAAUCUAGUUAAGAUAGAUUUUUAAAUACCCGUAUUUUUAAUUUUGCUUAGCAUAAUGAAAAUUAUUCAGUUUUCCAUUUUUUGUUGUGAGCUCUAUUUCAGUGUUUACAUUUGAGGUUAUUUUACUCUUUUUUUCUGCUUACAUUUUGUUUUCCUUUGGUUCAUGUAUGUUCAUAAAACUCAGGCAGCUGUUUUACUGUUUCCUUUAACCUAUUUUUAAGUUAUUAGGAAACCCAUUAUUAAAGUUAAAGAGUUUAAAGCUCAAAACAGUCUACAAUUGAAUUGGUAUUUUUAUCAAGUCUAAAUAAUUUAUAUGACAAUAUUGAGAGAUUAUUGACAUCAUGAAAUUUUGUAUCAUGAAAAAUACUAUAAAUAAUACUGUGUUAGGGUUGUUUUAUUUCUAUUGACUAGAAUAUUGAGUAAUAUUGUCCUGAAAGAUAGCUUAAUCUUUUGUAUAAAUGUGGACAUACAAAGUAAAAUGCUUUUUACAAAUGCUUAAUUGAAUUUGUAACUCUAACUUGGUGGGAAGACCAAUUUCUCUUUUUGUUUUUGUUUUGAAAGAUUAAGAUAUUGUCACAAAAAGACAAAAACUCAACUUUUUAUGAUUUUUUCUUGCUCUAUUUAAUUGUUGAAAAAUAUAAAUGAAAUUUCUUAAUGAGAUCUUUUCAUAUAAGCAGGCAGCACUUGGAUUACACAGAGUAAUGCGCCUUGUACCUGUAGUAAUUCAGAAUCUCACAUGAUGUAGUUUUACCUUGUACCUCAAGAUUCUAAUUUCAGAUUAUCCUUUCAGAAUUUACCAUUUUUCAAAGAAAUGUUAUCUGUUAAGGCAGUUUCUCAUUGUGGACCUUUCAUUUGUAUCAACUUAUGGCAAUUUCUAGCAUAUUAAUCGGUUUUGGCUAUCUAGCAAUAAUAAUCAGAAUAUUUGAUGUGUAAUUUUAAUAAUUUCUCUAUUUUUCUUAUUUACUAGAUAACCAGCAUACAUAACUAAUUGCAUUUUAAACAAAAUAUAUAUUUUUAUAUGUACUUUCUCUACUUAAAGUGUUGCUCUUUGUAUUUACAGUUCCUAGACAAGGAUAUCAUACUUGACUCUCAGUUUUGAAUUAUCUUAUCACUUCAGUUUGACUUGAGCAAAACUUUUAAAAAUCCUUACAGUAGCAUUUUGGGAGAAAAAAUUAAAGUUGAUUGAAUUUUUAUCCCAUUAACAUAUAAGUGCUUUGGGGCAAAUAUUUUCUUUCUCUUCAGCAUGUCUAGGAAUAAUGAUUAUUUGUAAGCUAUUACCCCUAAGUAAGACUAUUUAGAAAAAUUUAAUCAAUGACUUCUGUAAGAUGACAUCGCAAGUCACUUUUCAAAAAGAAAAAAUUAAACUUGUUUUAAAUUAAGAGUUGUUCAGUUAUUUUUCAGUCAUGUCUGACUCUUCAUGACCCCAUUAUACUGGAGUAGUAAAGCCAUUUCCUUCUCCAGCAUUUAUUUUACAGAUGAGGAAACUGAGACAAACAGGGUUAAGUGACUUGCCCAAGGUCACAUAGCUAGUAAGUGUCUCAGGCUGGAUUUGAACUCGUGAAGAUGAAUCUUCCUGGCUGUAGGCCCAGUGCCCUAUCCACUGAGCCAACCAGCUGCUCAGAUUAUGAGUUGGUAAUUCAGCUAUCUCCAUCUUGUCUUGGAGGUUUUUAACUCUGUAAAAUUGUCCUUUGAACUAUUUUAUGAAAUUAUAAUAGAACUUCUGUUGUAAAAACCAAAUUGACUAAGUAAAUGCUUAUUUACUACAUCACAUAUGUUAAUUUUAUAUUAUUUAGCUUUCAAACUGUGUAUGCACUUGUAUAUUCUUAAUUUUUUAGCAAAUAAAAAUUUCAUCAUCAU